AUGAAAGCGAACCGAAUGCUGGUGACUCAAGAGACAGAAAUCGAGAUCUGUCAGCGUUUUGUGAAGCUGUCCUGCGAGAAGAUGAUGCAAUCGCGGGGCACGGGCAAGUUGCGUCGCAACCUUCUCAUUCUACGUUUGUUGCGCAAGGCCAGACAGGACAUGCACAGGUCAGUAGAGUUCUCUUACUUUUAAUACAAGUUUUUUCAAAAUUUCUGAAUCAAAAAUCGCCCGGUUACCGUAAACAAACCCAUAAGAUACGAGUGAAUUCUGCGAGUUCACCAAAACAUUUGGCUUUUCUUCCGUUCCAUUCUCAUGCGCUUUAGCGCCUCUUUUUUUACCACCCCGAGUGACAUAAGCGCUCUUGUGUCAUCGGCCAUCUGCCCUGAUCUCUGACCGCUUAUUAAUCCGAAAACGAAACAAGAGAAGUUGCGGCUUAAUUCGAUCCGCUUAGCCCUUCAAAUUAGCACAUUCGCACUUUUCCGUCAUGCUGAUUGGGGUUUUGUGACAGCUCGUUUUGCAACCAAUACGUACCGGACCCGUACAAUUACUAUUAAUCCCACUUUCCGGGCUAAUUAAAACUUGGCCUAUACUUUUAUAACAAGACUUUAUAAAAAAGAAAGUCUAGCCUAGUCGGUCCGAGUUUUUCAGACGCUAAUUAAUUGCACUCUCUCUCUCGCUUUUCUUCUUCCCCUGAGGCAGCGAUAUGUUCCUUUAAUUAUCAGUCAGAAUUUGCUGUUUUCUGGCCGUUUCAUUUGCACACGCCAGUCCGCAAGGUCAGAGGCCAAUUUUUCAUCCGCGAAUUUACAUAGACCUAUGACAUCGACACGCCAAAGAAGGCCAAUUUACACUCAUUUAUGGGGCAUUUAUGUGUAGGUUUUCAUAACGGCCGAAGUCCAAAGGCCAGAGGCAUUCCGCGCUUUUUGCAUCCAAACCCUUAGAGCCCGCAGGGUCCAAAUUAGUUCCGCGUUUUGCGGCCGCCUUUUCCCCUCUCGUAUUUUAUUCUCCACACAAUACAUGACUGAUAAGCACCCCGUCGUUGAUAAUUGCAGGUGGUAGUGGAAGGCGCGGGGCGCCCAAAACAAUCACAAGAUGUUAAUAAGACGCUGUUUUGGCUGCCUGCAGGCCGCAAAAGAAGGCGAUUAUGUUUUUGUCGAUAAUUUUUCAAGAUUUUUGUUUACGCUCCUCUUCAGCAGCUUUAUCGCCUGUUGCCCCCACAAAUGGGAAAUUGGCUUUUUUCGAUACUCAGGGGGAAUCUCUGUAGCCGGCAAUGAUCACGAUAAGACGGUCCCGGGAGAGCACUCAGAUCUGGCCCGAAGAUUGCGAACCUUUAAUCUGCGAAGCCAAAAAAUUGUUGGAUUUGGGGGAAAGGGGAUCCGCCAAUACUUUCAAAUUAAGGGCCUAAUCCAUCCAUCGAGAAACUUUCGCUUUCCCUUCAUUUUUUGUCAUUUCUCGAGUUGUUCCGACAAGAAUUCCGGUCCCUUGAAACGAGCCGCAGAAGGCUCCGCAAAGAGUGCGGCUUUAAGACGGAAAAUAUUAUAGAGAGGGGGGCGAGGGACCAGGCCCGUUCAAGAGCCUCCUAAGACCAAAGACUCUGCGGCGGAUUAAAAGUUUUUUUUCAUGCCGCGAAGAUGUAUUAAUUCAUGAUUCUUUGCCCUCCCUUCUUGCCGCCGUCUUAAGCCAAUCCAAAAAUGCGACAGUCCAGUCCAAACAGAUUCCAAAAAACGUUGGAAACACCGACUUGCUGGCGGAGAUUAGGGCACAUCCAUCAUUUUUACAUCCAAGAGUGCAAAUCAAUAGUCGGGAAAGUCUUGGGGAAAGCGCGUCUCAAAUAGCAUUUGUACACGGAAAAUGAUUUGGGGCCUGAAAAACGAAACCGUUUCCUUCGAAGUUUUUUGUGAGAAAACUUCAGAUUCGACCUGGCUGAUCUCCCCUCUCCACUUCGUAAUGAAUUGGACCCCCAUUAUGACGACACAAGUUAAAAGUGCAUCUUCGAAAACAUUUCAAAAACACUAGACACACAGUGAUAUGAAUAGCACUUGAAAGUCAGUUUGAUCCGCAGAAAAAACAAUUCUCGGCCACCGGACAAUUAGGGAAGAUAAUUAGUGCCCAACUUGUUUGCUCAAUCCCCCAUUCUCCGAGCCCAUAAUCUCUUGCACUUUCGGCGAACGGGUCAACGAACUCUCCCAAUCUCGGACUCUAAUUAUGUUCUGUUUUUUCGCCCUUAAUGAACAAGGUCGCAGAGACAAAAGCGAUCUCGUUUUACAUUCGCGGAUGGCUGGACAUCAGUACCUUUAGCCCCUUGCCGGCCUUAUGUCAGCACCAUCUGUUUUUUCGUUGCAAGAUGGAUCGGCUAAUCAUAAACUCUUUUCCGAAAAGUAUUGGUCUUGUCAUUGCAAGGCUGCUUGCAGCAGCAGUGUUAGUAGUAUUGGUAGAAUCGCCGCUGGUGUCACAUAAUCCGAGGACAUCUCCGCAAUGCAGGGUUUUAUUGGAUUUCGGCGGACUGAUUGAUUGACGGACACAAAAUCUCCUAAUGAGGCUGAUGCAAUCAGAGCGCGGACAAAAGAAAUAAAAACGAAAAUUGGAGGGGCCUGGGCCUUCCGAAACACCCAGAGAUCGUUUCCAGACACGAAAUAAACCGGGGUCGGGUGCACCCAAAGGGGAAGGGGACACGGCAGGUGAGCUCUAGAAGACGGGAACAUCACGAGAUUAGGAGUUCGGGGAUAGGGUUUCGUCCUGACCUUUGUUCCAGCAAUAUGUAAUAACAUCUGUCCGUUAGGAGACCCAUAAACCGUGUUGUUCAAGUCCCUUUGUUAAUCUCACAAAGGGUCAAGAGCGUGCCAAAAAUCAACUCUCGAGCAUAUGGGGUGCUGCUCAAGUGUUCGGUUGCUGAUUAUCCCGAACCACCUGCGCACUUAAUUCUGCGCCAUUCUUUUAACUUUUUCGGGGUUUUCUGGACAACCAAAGAGAGAGUGUGCGGAGAAAAAAGAGUGCGCAGACGAGCAGAGGGGUGGCCGGAAGAAAGUGCUGGGAAUUUCGUGGACUUUGUUACUGCUUUGUUUCUCUUUCCAGGCCCCAAAAAGAGAUGAGGGAGCCGGGCGUUUGAUUAGAUUCCGAUUUUUGCAUAGAGCAGUUUGUAAGCGCGGGGCAGGUGGCUGCAGCGAAGAUUAACGACUUUUGUGUUUACGCAGUUGCCCCGUCGGCUGACGGAUUUGUUUAUUUUUUGUGGCAAUUCCUUUUUUAAUUUGUGCAAAAAACGCUAUGUCUUCAGAGAUUCUCGAGGUCUCGGAAUAAGGGAGGGGGACUGGAAUGGGGGCGAGGCGCAGCGGGAGACAUCUUCCCUCUUAAAAAAGGACCUUUUCGAGACACCGCAGCAUUAACAGCCAAUUACCCUUGGUGGAAAAACAAGUUUCAGAAGAUCGUUUCAGCCUUUAAAGUCCCUUCCCUUCUCCGUCUUACCUGUGGGAUGCCUUAAUGUCUGUGCGCAAAAGUGCAGGAGGAAAAGGCUGGAACAGCAAAAAAUACAUAAAAAACAGAAUUUAUCAGACAAAAACAUGGGCAUGAUACCUUGGGAUGGGGCUCGCAAAACGAGACCGACAGAGACAUCGGCGAAAGAAAAGCAUUGAUUAUUCAUCAAACACGAAUUGAAAAUGCAAAAUUAAUCAUAAAUUAAGACAUCAGACACCAAUAACCUUCACCUUUUCAGAGUCCCCUACGAAUGUGCCGAGCUUAUCCAACAAACUGGCUCCGGCGCCAAAAGUCCCCUGGCAUCCGAUCUCUUGCUGGAUGACGAAGUCGACACCGGCUCCUUGUCUCCAGAAUCCUCUCUGUGGCGUUGGAAAGACCGGCGAUCGUUGAAUUUGGAUGAGAGCAACAUGGACUGCUCUGGCCCCGAAGAUCGCUACGAAGCGCCUCGAUCUCGCGAACCCACCAUGACCGUGGUGUUCGACGCUGAUGCCGAAGAGGAGCAGAAGAACUGCGCGGCUCUGCUGAACACGGAUCUCGACCCAGACUUUGAUGAUUUCGGAAAUCGGCAAGAACUUUCCGACCAACUCACUGGAAAACUCUUAUCUCGGAUCCGUUCUCGAGAUGAGGAGGUCGAAGAGGAAGACGAUCAGCCUCCGGCCAUCUUUCAAUGCGAUCUGAAGGCCGAAUUCUACAGCAGUUCGGAGCCAUCGAAAGUCGAGUUCCAUGGGACAGACGAGGAUGCGGUGGUCCCCAAGGAGAUCAACGAUCUUCCUUAUGACAGCGAGGACGAGGGAAAUGAGGAGGACGAGUUCACCGACUCCGAAUUCGACGAUGAAGGAGGACUGCUGGACGGUCGAUCCGACGAGAAGCGUCGUCUACGGAAGCGGAAGCCGCACCGUUCGGGCAGCGGUCGUUCCGAGAAGCGGGCCAAGGACGCGGACGCGGACUCCGGUGUGGAUGUGGACGGCGUCGUCCUGAACGGCAUAAUCGACGAGCAAUGCGUGCCCUCGCUUUAA